UGUGUCUCAGGUCUGUGCGUCUGAGCGCGCGCCAGGCGGCGACAGGAGGAGCUGAGCUGAAGGAGGUCCGUGUUUUGGAGCAGGAGGAGGAGCUCCGCGCUCCUGCUUGUCUGGGUCUUCAGUGUGUCCGCGGGUUCUGGAGAGGAGACCCGCGACAGCCACGCCAAGCGCGCGCGCUCAAACACCUGCGAUGUUUUUCCAUCCUCCCGGAGACUCGCGCUCCAGGUGAACUGACCCGCGCGUAAAGGCCGGCUCCGCGCGCCGCCCGCCAUGGCUUAUCCUCAGGGGUUCCUGUUCCAGCCGCCAGCCUCCUUGGCUCUGCCCGCGUGCCCGGCCCUCAGCCCGGGGCUCGUGCUCGGACGGAGGACGGAGCAGCUCAGCCGCUCCUCCUCGGGCUCCGCUUUCGCUCCGUACCCCGGCUCCGCGGCGCCUUCCGACUUCAGCCCGCAGCUCCAGUACGGAGUGGAGCAGCGGGCUGCCGCCAGUCUCAGCCCGUUUCUGAGUCCGACCUUUGACCCCUCUGCAGCCGGAUCAUUGGACUUCCAUCCCUUUGGACCCCUGGGUGCCUUUCCGUACGGAGACUCUGCCUACAGGAAAAACGCCACUCGGGACGCCACGGCCACGCUGAAGGCAUGGCUGAACGAGCACCGAAAGAACCCCUACCCCACCAAGGGGGAGAAGAUCAUGCUGGCCAUCAUCACCAAGAUGACGCUGACGCAGGUGUCCACCUGGUUCGCCAACGCCCGCCGCAGGCUGAAGAAGGAGAACAAGAUGACCUGGACGCCCCGCAACAGGAGCGAGGACGAGGAGGACGAGGAGAACUUGGAGCUGGAGCUCCAUGGUGAGGAAGAGGAGAAGAUUAAGAUGAGUGAAGAGGAAACGGAGCACAGCAGGAACUCAGUCCCUCGGCGCCGCUCUGCCCCCGGUUCCUGCCGGUCGAUGUUCCAGGAUGGCGCCGACUCCGAGCCGGAUUGUGUUGUGGACUCUGGGAACCGGGACCUGGACCCCUCCUCUGUUUCUGAAGCCCCCCUUCCAGACUCGGAGAGCAUGCUGAUGUUGAACUCGCCUUCAAAGGAGCAGGUGGAGUCCUGCGGCGCCACCCAAGGCUCAGACUGCCCUCCCAAACCCAAACUGUGGUCGCUGGCUGAGAUCGCCAUGUCUCCAGACAGGAGGAGAGACUCUUUUCAAGUCGGGGGCGUGGGACGGACUCUGUUCUCCUAUAGUCCUGGUUUACCUCGAAACAUUUACUACACCCACCGCUUCGUUCCCGGGUUCUCCCCCCAUGUGCCCAGCAGCCCCCACCCUCCGUUAACUGGACCGCAGCAGCGGAUGCUGCCGAGGAGGGGGGCCGCUGUUCAGGACUGCAAACCGAGCAGCCUCAACCAGCUGGAGCAGAGCAAGAUCCAGAGAAGCACCACGAACGUGUGAGUCGGCCCCGCGAGUCCAAAACUCAUCUGGACUUACCCGAAUCUGCAGGUUCUGAUUCAUGGAGGUCCUAGAGAAGCUCUGAUGAUCUCGGCAUCACUGAAGAGGUUUCUGGACCGGAGUCUGUCAGCAGCCAGGCGGAUGGCCCGACCAGGUCCUCUGGAGGAGGCAUCUUGACCCACCAAAUCAGAACUCAGUCACUGCUCUGUUCUGACCCGUUCCGUUGGGUUCUGAGAUGCUUGAUUUUCACCUAAAUGCUGUGUUGAUUCACUUUUGUCAUUUUUAGGUCAAAUCUGUUUUUUUGUUUGUUUGUUUGUUUUAAGAUUAAUUAGAUCAACUAUGAACUUUUUUUUUAACUUUUUCAAGUUCAGGUUGAAAUACUGAAGAUCCAAUCAAGUCAUCAGAACUUCAGAAUGUUUGUAGAAACUCUCAGGAUUUAGGGUGUGAAGCCGAGAACUUCAGUAGAACCUGAAAAUCAAAAACAGACAAAUUGAAGUAGACAUUAAAAUUCAUGAUAAAACUUGUCGUUUUCUAGGACAUAGUUUCUGCAGAGCAUCAGGGGAACAUUAGAAAUUGGUUUCUAAAUUAUAGGCAGGACAGUUGGCACAGAGCAACCCCACCCCCUCUUCCCGCUGCAGACUGGGGCAGGGACCUUGUGGCCCACCCAACUUAUUUUCUAGUUAUAAACAAACAAUUUUUUUCGUCUGCACCUGAUUCCCAAUGAUUUGAAUAAAUAAAUACUCAAAAAUGCCACUUUUAGCUUAAUUAUAUAUAUAUUCAGGUCCUCCAUCAUCAGAAAAAUUCCACAGGAACAUGUUAAAAACACAAUUUUCAUUCAAUUGGGUCUUUAAAUAACUUUGAUACAGCUGAAGUUCCCUUAAACCCUCCUGGAAAACUACAGUCUUCCGUGGAUUUCUGCCCGUCUGUGGAUUUCUCGUGGAGCCGAAUAUUUGCAGCAAAUUUUCCACAUGGGAUUAUUUAAGAUUGAAAAAAAGAUGUUUAUUUGGAAAACAGCAUCUGUCAUUGCAGACUGGGUCAGAACAGACCAGGUCAGAACAAAGACUUUAAGUAGGGGCUGAAGCCCCGCCCCCAAUGAGGACUAACUCUGCAGGUUUGACAUCAGAGUUUACAUUUUAGUUCAAAUGUUUAAAUUCUGUUUUGUAAUUUUGCUGAAACAAAUAAUUUAUUUAUGAACAUUUGUUAUUUAUUGUCCAUCCAUCGUGUUAAAAGCUAACUAGUGAAGAACUAAAGCUUUAUGUGUUUUAGCCGAAUGGAUCAAAACAAGAACAACAGAGUUAAAAAGCUGUUAGUGAACUAAAUCAUACGGAGGACAAACAAUGACACCAUAAAAAUGAAAAAAACAAACAAAUACACACUCCAAAAAAUAUAGGAAAAAUAAAUGUAAAAACAUCCUAUUAUUGAAUAAAACCCAGUUUUAAACCUUUGAUAACAAAAUAAACAAUUAUAGAUUUAAAAUUAGGCCUGUGUUUGAAUGUUUUCCUGAAAGUAUGAAUGUCCAUUAAUCUAUGUGUUAAUCAGAUAUUUGGACAUUUUUAUAUUUAAUCAUUUUUUGAAGUCUUGUUUUGUCCUCCAAAAAUCUGCCCUCAAAUAUCCUAAAAAUAUUAAACACGUUUGUACUGAA